ACGCACACCGUGCGUCUCUCUUCGGGAAGAUGGCUGCUGUGUACAUGAUGCGAAACUGAGUGGACGGAAAACAGCCCGAAAUUUCUGAAAAUCCCCCCUCUUCCCUCCUCUGUGUCCCACUCCACGUCCACACAUAUGCGUUUGCGUGAAAACGAAGCCGAUUUUAACCUAGUGUGAAGAGCUAGGAUGAUAAUAUGACCCAGAAAAAGAAGAAGCGAGUGAAUCGCAGUUUGUUACUGGCGAAGAAGAUAAUCAUCAAGGAUGGAGGAACGCCUCAAGGCUUUGGCUCCCCCAGUGUUUAUCAUGCCGUCAUCGUCAUAUUUCUGGAGUUCUUCGCUUGGGGUUUGCUGACUGCACCUACUUUGGGAGCUCUUCAUGAAACAUUCCCGAAACACACGUUUCUCAUGAACGGCUUGGUUCAGGGGGUCAAGGGCCUGCUGUCGUUUUUAAGCGCUCCUCUGAUUGGUGCUCUGUCAGACGUGUGGGGAAGGAAGUCGUUUCUUUUACUCACCGUGUUCUUCACAUGUGCACCAAUUCCUUUAUUGAAGAUCAGCCCAUGGUGGUACUUUGCCGUUAUCUCUGUAUCUGGAGUGUUUGCCGUUACCUUCUCAGUUAUUUUCGCCUAUGUUGCCGACAUCACCCAAGAGCAUGAGCGCAUUAUGGCUUACGGCAUGGUGUCGGCCACGUUUGCGGCGAGUCUGGUGAUCAGCCCAGCCAUCGGCGCGUAUCUGAGUCAGGUGUAUGGAGACAGUCUGGUAGUAGUUCUAGCUUCGGCCAUCGCUAUGCUGGACAUCUGCUUUAUCCUGGUGGCCGUGCCCGAAUCGCUGCCGGAAAAGAUGAGACCGGCGUCCUGGGGCGCCCCAAUCUCAUGGGAACAAGCAGACCCCUUCGCUUCUUUGAGGAAAGUAGGCCAGGACUCGACGGUUCUGCUCAUCUGUAUAACAGUGUUCCUGUCGUAUCUGCCUGAGGCUGGGCAAUACUCCAGCUUCUUCCUCUAUCUGCAACAGAUAAUGGGAUUUUCACCUGAAAGUGUCGCAGCUUUCAUCGCUGUCCUAGGAUUGCUGUCUAUUGUUGCACAGACUGUAGUAUUAAGUUUACUAAUGCGUUCCAUCGGGAACAAGAACACAAUUUUGCUGGGACUGGGAUUUCAGAUUCUGCAACUCGCCUGGUACGGGUUCGGAUCGGAGCCUUGGAUGAUGUGGGCAGCUGGAGCUGUUGCCGCCAUGUCUAGUAUCACUUUCCCUGCUGUUAGCGCCCUGAUUUCCCGCACAGCUGAUCCCGAUCAACAAGGUGUGGGUCAGGGUAUGAUUACGGGAAUCCGUGGGCUGUGUAACGGUUUGGGUCCGGCUCUCUAUGGUUUCAUCUUCUACAUCUUUCAUGUCGAGUUGGACCAAGUUCCAGAGAAAGAACCGGAUGUAACGCAUCACCAUGAUCACCACCAACAGAGUGCAAUAAUCCCGGGACCGCCGUUCCUCUUCGGCGCAUGUUCUGUGCUGCUGGCGCUCCUGGUGGCACUUUUCAUUCCUGAACACCCCCAUAUGGGCGCUCGUGCGGGCAGCUGGAAGAAGCACACGUCACCCCACGGCCACCCGCACAGUCCCCACCCUCCCGGAGAGGCCAAAGAGCCUCUCCUACAGGUGUUUCACGUAUGAUUGGGAGUUUCGAUGUGGCUGAAUUGGCCACGCCCCCUAUUCCCCAUUGAGGAACGAACUGCGCAUGGAGGCUGUUGUCAUUUAUUGAAACGUAAAGCUAUGUCGGAGGCACGGUCAGUCUUGCACCUAGAGCUCUACCUUUCUGCAGAGUUUCGUUUAAUAUGAAACUUAUGAACUUGAUAAUUAAGGUUAAUGGAAAUUACAGACAGAAAGGAAAGUCUCCAUGAUUAAGACUGGGCG